AUGUGCACCAGCACGUUAACGGGGCGGGUAUGGGUGCAGUUGUGUUGUAUGCAUACAUCUGUCGGUGUGCCGAGUUAUCCUAUAGAGCGCAAACGCCAACCGGUGGGCCGGGAAGUAGAACAGGAGUGUUCAUUUCGUUUGAGCCGGAGCGGAAGCAGUGGGUCACAGCACCCAGCUCAAAGAAGGGGAGUUAACUGA